GCUCGGGGCCACACCGAAGUCCGCGUGGAGCUCCAGAUGGAGCGCUGGGCGGCCCGCGGCGGCUCGGUGCGGUUACGCUGCGUGCACGACGUACCGCCGCACCUGCUCGACAAGGUGGUGUUCCUGCGGCACGGGACCAAGAUCUUCCAGUACAUCCGGGACCGGAAGCCGCCGUACCGGAACUUCACUACGCCCGGCGCCGUCCUCAACAUCGCACUGGCCACGGAGAACUCCAUAAUCCUACAGAACCUGGACUUCGCGGCCAGCGGCAGCUACUCCUGUGAGGUCUCCAUAGACACGCCCAUCUUCACCAAGGAAUCCAGCGAAAAGCAACUUACUGUUUUCCAUCCCCAGAAACAUCACCCACGCAUUGACUUCCCAACGCGCAACCUCGUCUCCGGAGAGACCCUUCGGGCCAACUGCACGACUGCCCCCGCACUCCCCGCGCCGCACAUCACCUGGUUCAUCAACGGCAAGAAGACUGACGAGCUGCUGGCCCACUCGCACAAGUACCGCGUGCCCAUGAGCGAGCGUAACGGACGACGGCUGCGACUGGAGCACGAGUCCAGCACUCCGCCACCGCUGCUCACACUUACACACUCUUCACACGCUGCCACGCGUGCGCCCGGCUGCAGCCUUAGGGAGCAUGCUAAAUUACACGACUCGCACGAACACGAGCCGAACGUCGUCCACGCGUCGUCGCGGCACCGGAGCCGGACCCGGUCGCGGCCGGACCGGGAGCUAUACGUCACGGUGUCGGAACUGCAGCUGGUGGCUACCGGCCGGCUCGAGAUCACGUGUGUCAGCACUAUACCAGAGUUCCGGAGUAUCCACGAUAGGUUCGCGGACCAGAGGAAUGACACUGUCAUUGUGGACGCAAUCCGGCCGUCGACAUUCUCACAGCCGUCGGCCAACCUGACGAUGCCGGAGCCGACGGCGGCGGCCGCGGCCAGCCCGCUGCCCUCCCUGCUGCUCUCCGUUCUGAUGUUGCUUCACGCCUGAUGCUGAAGUGUUUACACUAUGACGCGUGUCACAAGUUUACGUUCCUUCACUGCUAGA